ACCCUGUUGACUGUGUUUAUGUCCAUAACCUCAAACCGAGUUCAAAGUAAUCAAAGUUGUUUUUUAAGUAAUCUGUGCUUUAAUAAUAAUAAAAAAUAAAAUGUCAGAAAAUCCGGACUCAAGUCAAAAGAGAUGGGAUCAUUUAAGGAAAGUCUUGGAACGUCCUGGACCAUUUAGCCAUCCAGAAUUUGAACCCUCUCCAGAUAUAUUAGAAUUUGUCAUGACCUCUUGUAAAAUUUUAGUAAUAGGGGCAGGAGGAUUGGGGUGUGAAUUACUGAAAAAUUUAGCUCUAUUAGGUUUCAAGAAUAUACAUCUCAUAGAUAUGGAUACUAUUGAUCUUUCAAAUUUGAACCGCCAAUUCCUAUUUAGGCAUAAGGACAUAGGUUCUUCAAAGGCUGAAGUUGCAGCCGAGUUUAUCAAUAGGAAAGUAAAUGGAUGUCAUGUUGUCCCACAUUUUUGUAAAAUUCAGGAUUAUGACGAAUCAUUUUACAGACAGUUUCAUAUUAUUGUAUGUGGAUUAGAUUCUAUUGUAGCUAGAAGAUGGAUCAAUGGAAUGCUCAUAUCUAUGCUCAACUACGAAGAUGGAAUUUUAGAUCAACAAUCGAUAAUACCUAUGGUAGAUGGAGGUACUGAGGGUUUCAAAGGUAAUGCACGUGUUGUUUUACCUGGAAUGAGUGCAUGCAUCGAAUGCACGUUAGACCUAUAUCCUCCUCAAGUAAAUUACCCUUUAUGUACUAUUGCAAAUACACCUAGGUUACCAGAGCAUUGCAUUGAAUAUGUAAAAAUCAUAUUGUGGCCAAAAGAAAAUCCAUUCAAUGUCUCAUUAGAUGGCGACGAUUCACAACAUAUUUCAUGGAUUUAUGAAAAGUCUUUGGAGAGAGCUACACAAUUUAAUAUACCAGGAGUGACCUACAGACUCGUACAAGGAGUGGUAAAACAUAUUAUUCCUGCAGUGGCUUCAACUAAUGCUGUUAUUGCCGGAGUAUGUGCAACAGAGGUUUUCAAACUUGCCACUAACUGUUGUGUUCCUAUGAAUAACUACAUGGUUUUCAAUGAUGUUGAUGGUAUUUAUACAUACACCUACGAAGCAGAGAAAAAGGAUGAUUGUUUAGUCUGUUCUCAAACUCCAGGAAUUUUAGAAGUGAAAGAUCCUCAUAAAUUAAAAUUGAAACAGUUACUUGAAUUACUUUCUGAAAGUAGAUCUUAUCAAAUGAGAAAUCCAGGUUUAACCACUAUAAUAGAUGGAAAGAAUAAAACGCUGUAUAUGGCCACAAUUAAAAGCAUAGAAGAGCGUACCAGAGACAAUUUAAAUAAAACUCUCAUUGAGUUAGGUCUUAAAGAUGGGCAGGAAGUGUUGGUGGCUGAUGUAACCUCACCAACCACUUUAGUAAUUAAGUUGAAAUAUUUGAUUGAUGAUAUUGAAAUGAAGUAAAGAUAAAGGCUUUAAUUUUACACCUCAUUUCAUAAAAUACUCGGCAUUCAGUUAAAGUUUUCAUCAAACUAUGGAAAUAAUUUCAAUUAAACUUGAAUAACAAUCA